UCCGCUAAGGAAAGGGUGAAGAAGUUGGAGGAAGAGUUGUUCCGCAUUAAGAAGGCGUCGGACGACAGUGAGUCCCAAAUGUCCAGAGCCUACAGGAGACGACUUAUGGAGAGCGAGGCCGGGAGGGAACGCAUGGACCGACUCGAGAGGGAUAGAGAGGAACUCGCUUUUCCAAUGAGUCGUAAGACCCAAACCAAAGCCCCGGAUCUUCAACACCAAUAUCCACUCAAAUUGAUAUCGAGGUCUACGCAAACUAAUGAGGUCUCAAAUAGCGAUGUGUCCGUCAAUACAGAAAUUGACUUCAGACUAAUGAGCGCACUAUUGGACAAGUUAUUAACCGUGAAGACAUCGGUCGCCGUUCAGACCAAUUGGAAGAGUGAUGUGAUUGAGACAAGAGAUGCGUCCGUUUCGACGGAUCGUAUAUUUCGGGAGCGUUUCUCUCCUCUGCCCAACACUCGGUCGAUGUCCGCACAGACAGAGGUCUCGUCACUCAGAUAUAAAGACGAAUCGGUGGCAACUGAUCCACAGAUUACCGGCCAUCGACACAGAACGAGAUCACUUCGUGAGCCAAUAGCCGUACGAUUAUCAUCAGGUGUUCAAACGGACCAGAAGUGGAUAUCACGCAAAGACGUCGCCUGUGAGGCAAACUUCUCGUCGUUUUCGUCUGAAUCGGAGGACUCGGCGGUUGUGUCCGCCUAUCCGAAGGGCUUUCACCCGAAAACCGGUCAACUCCUCGACCAAAGCCUAUUAGCCAACUAUUACAGACCAAGUGAUCCAAACGCUGCCAAACCCACUGCCACCGGCUUAGGUAGAGGUCGCGCCGACCAGAGUGUGUACAACACGUAUAGACCGUCCAAAACUCCGGAACCGAUUAUCGAAGAGUACGGCACAAGUCCUACGACCACAUCGUCCGACUCGUCCAACUCUGAGGGCGACUAUAGCUGCGAGAAUGUGAGAGAAAUAUAUCGGGAAAAGUACUCGGAAUACAAGUCGGCGUCAAAACCCGUUCAGAAGAGCUAUUAUCACAUGAGAUCUGAGGAGAAGAAAAUCAAUUUCGAUUUCAACGACCGGAAGAAGCACUCAAAGGAUAGGCAACAGGUGUUGGAAACCUCUCUUCAGGAUUACGAUCGAGAGCCGCACCGCCCGGAGCUCAGACACAAACUCACUGCCGAUAAAAGACCUGAAUCUCGUCACGACAUCCAUAGAGGACCGGAACCGCCGGCGCCGCCCAUCACUACUCCUGCGUCCAAACCGUUGCCAAUCACGCGAUCGAUCGAAACCCAAACCAACGGUGAGCUGACAGUGACGUCCACUACUACUGAACCACAGUUGCCGUCGAAGCCAGUGAUGAAAGUGGCGCCGAAGGACCUGAAGACUGAGUCGAAGAUCACCGUUGAAGUGACGAAAGCGCACAAAAAGGAGAGAUCGGAAGUGACAUCACUGACCAAAUUGGACGAGACGUCGGGCAAAAUGUCGCGAACCACUCACGUCACCACAAGUCAACACAUCCCGACCGCCCAAACACUGCCAAACACACCGCAAACCAUGCGUCGACUCACAGAUGGCGGGUAUAAGCCGUCCUCUCAAAGCGCUCACAAACCGCUGUCGUCGCCCAUAAGGAAAGCCCAGUCCGAGAUCGACGUGACGCCAGUGAGCGGUGUGUCGACCCGUCCCGCGUCGGCCGACGACCUCUCGAUGCCGUCGCCGGCGACUACACCCCAAAUACCGACGACAAUGAGUUACGGCUCGUCUUUGCAUAGUUUAAAGUCGUCGCUGAAGAGUCCGAGUCCGACGUUUCCGCGCUAUGACAGCACCGACGAGAUAACAGUGCCAAAGGUUGGACGCGUCAGCAUUCAGGACCCGAUGCAUAUGGUGCUCAUCGCACCCCCGGAUUCAUUCAAUAAUAGCAAAUCGUUGGCAAUGAAUGGCAAACACACCGCCAGUCUAUUCAUGCCUUUGGAUAAGUCUAAAUGGAGAGAGACCUCCAGCUCUACCAUCUGUAAUGAGAUGACCACCGAUGCCUUCAAAGAUGACGACGGAGUUAUUCAAAAACCAAAAUCAAUAUCGAUGUCAACCGAAACUCUGAUCGAAAGCAAAGGCAGCGAAUCGUCGGUUAAGACCCGCUCGCGAACCGCCCGUCAGUACGGAAACGAAGCCCAGGAGAAGGCCAUCACUAAUGAGACCGCAUUCGCGGGACCGGCAGCCGACACACAGGGCUUAUUCGCCGCCACACCGGACCUCGUCGUCACCGGUGGUGACACUCGUGGAUACGCCAGAGUUUCUGAGCCCAGAGCCGGAAUGAAGAACAGCUUUCCGUACAUCGAGAGUGAGCCGACACACAGGGCUUAUUCGCCGCCACACCGGACCUCGUCGUCACCGGUGGUGACACUCGUGGAUACGCCAGAGUUUCUGAGCCCAGAGCCGGACCAAAGUCCCAAAAUGAUGUCCACAAAGAUGUCUCGCGUGGAGAGGGAGUCGUCGUCGACGCCUUCUCUGGUCACAGAUGUUCGCGCAUCUCGUUUCAGACCAGACGAAGACCUCACCAAACGGCUGGUGCACAACACGUCACGCAAGGCUGCUGUGGUUGAACCGCACGUUCAACGCGUACAGCCAGCCAAGAGUGACACCACCGCCGCCACCGCUGGUCGCGUGUCCACCGGUCAGCCGGUGCUCGUCCUUAACGUCCGGCCCUCCCUGCGGUCGCCACCGCCGCCAUGUACCAUAUCGUCCAGCAUAGCCUUUGACAAUCCCAGCUCUCAGAGUCGCGGCGUUAUCAUCAAAGAGAUCAACGAAGACGGAACUUCUAAGGAUGGCUCGACCGACACGUUGGACACGAAGUCCGGUGAGAUAAUGACUGAAACCAAUUUCCAACGCUUCAAAUCACCGCAACGCGGAGUGAACGGCGCCGACGAGACCUCUUGGAAGUACUCAAUGGAAUGCAAUUAUCUGAACGGCACCAACACUACUGUCCGUAAAUAUCUGCGAACAAAGACAAUUAAGUUAUAG